AUGCCUCAGAGCCAUCGCCUACAGGAUCCAUUCACACCUCUUGAGGACCGUCUGUCGUCUCAGCUCCAGGGACCUCCGAUGAAUACGUCGCACUUCGACUCUCAGGCACAUCCUAUGAGUCUCCAUAUUCUUCAUCCCCAGACUGAUCCACGCUACGUGGUCCCGCCUGAAUACAUUAUACCCAACGUAUCACCUGGGCAUCCUCAAGAUUAUUACCAAAGCCAGGGACCUAAGCCAAUCUUCCAACCUCAUGGGCCAAAUUUUCGCACAGAGCCAGCCCAAGAACCUCUGCCAUUUGAAAGACCACCUUCAGAUCAAUUUGCAAGUAACAGGUACGAGGACGCAGUAUAUUUUGAUGAAAGGGAGAACGACUCCCUGAACGAUGACAGAGGCACCAGAUCUGCCAUAGGCGACUUCCAAUACACCAAUGACUGGGCCCAGAAUAGACUGAGAAACCCGCCGGAGCGGUCUGGUCAGAGUUCUCGAAAUUACCCAAGGAAAUCGAGGGGCUUUGAGCACGAUGAUCCUCGAGAUCGCGCCAUGAGCAGCGAGAAGGGACCUCUUUGGAGUUACCAGGACAUCAGCCGGACCAGGUUGGAAACAGCAAUAGAUUUAGGAAGAGAAAGGCGUUUUCAAGGAGAGAUGGGGAGAAUUCCCCAAGAACAAUGCAGAGGCCCUCGAGGGUCACGCCUUUCGGAAUGGGCCUCCUCUGUUACUAGGCCGACGGCUCCCAGGCGACGCGGUUCAGGAUCAAGCCGCUCGACUUCACCCGAUGAAGCCAUUGAUAAUUAUCAGCGGGAGCCUGUCGCUUAG